AUGACGCCGACUUCUACACAGAGCAAAAGUCCGAGUCCUUCGACAUCAAAUUUGAAGAAACUCUUGACUUCUGCGAUUCUUUACAAAAUAUGCAGCAUUGUCAUUCUCUUCUUCUGCACCUACGCGACGCCGUUUGACGCGUCCCACCUGGUUAUCUGGCCAAGAGCUGCAACCCAAUCCAUCUUUGACAAGUUUAUAUCAACUACACUACGAUGGGACAUCUUUCACUUUUAUGAAAUUGCUCGGCACGGCUAUGUUUACGAACAUCUCUACGCCUUUCUCCCCGGUGGUCCAGCUAUCAUGAGGGCAUCCUCUCUGAUACUGGGUGAGAGUCUCAGUAGUGGGAUGUUCUGGGGUAGUUGGUUCCUCGUCGCAGGGUGUUCAACCCUUUUCACUUUGUACGAGAUUACAUUGCUCGAAACAGGAUCCCAGCAAGUAGCUAUGCUCGCGACAGCAUGCUCUAUUCUCACCACAAGUCCUGCUACGCUCCUGCACGCCCCUUAUGCCGAGCCCUUCUUUGCCUUUCUCACCUUUCGAGGUAUACUGCACUCCACUCGUCGCGAAUGGAAUCGAGCGGCGCUAUAUUUUGCCAUCGCCGGUCUCUUCCGUUCCAACGGCAUUUUGUUUGCUGGUUUCGUGGUCUGGGGCCUGGUAUGUAUACCCUUCCGGCAGCAUUCAACGCCUAGUUUGCUCUCCAUUGUCAAAGCAACGAUUCUAACGGGACUCAUUGCCACUCCAUUUCUUGCUCACCUGUAUUCAGGAUAUUCUCAAUUUUGUGAAGGACCUUCUCCACAGCUCUGGUGCGGUGGUCAACUUCCCUCCAUAUAUAACCAUGUUCAAGCAAAGUAUUGGAACGUCGGAGUCUUCAAAUACUGGACAGUCGCUCAGAUCCCCAAUUUUGUUAUCGCGUUUCCCCCCCUCGCUGUGAUAACAUGGGCAGGCUGGACACAUAUGACUCGUAGGGGGCUCGCAGACUUGCACGUCGUCGCAUACAAUUCUGGCAUUUGGCUAGAACCCCCUUCUUACUCCGAGCCAGUUGCGAGUGAUGUGACACUCUUGGCUCCGGGAAUCACACCACACGCCAUUCACGCACUCCUCUUCUCCGGCAUCAUCUUAUUUGCCUCGCAUGUCCAGAUUAUCCUUCGGGUAUCCUCUUCAAUGCCCUUUAUGUCUUGGGCUGUUGCAAGGCUCUGGGUGGAACACCCAAAGGUUGCCAAAUGGUAUGCAGCUUGGAGCAUUCUAUGGGGAGUUACAAGUCUUGUUACUUGGGGUCUUUUCCUACCGCCAGCAUAA